AUAGAUACAAAACUUCACUCUGUACAUACAUGUUUUAAAUGUUUUAUCUAUCUAUACAAACAUUGUUCUAAAAUAGAUUUAUUAGUCUUUCAGUAAGAAAUGCACGUCAAAGGGACUCGUCAAAGGAAACGCGUAAAACCGAUUAUGACGGAAUUUGAAAAUCAAUUAUCUCACGUCUCGUCUAUCGCGAAUCGAUUCUAGUCCGCACCUUCACGUUUGUCACUUGAUUAAAACUCGAAUUGAAUUUGAUUAUCGAUGGCUACUCUUAAUUAAUAAUUUGCGAGUUAUCAGGCAUUUCCAUUAAAACGUGGAUAAAUUACGUACUGUAAAUCAUAGUUUAAGAAAAUGGAAUUUUUCAGCCACAAGAUAAGUUUAUUUACUUAUUGGAUCCUUAAGAUCAAUCAAAACAGUAUUUUUUAUUAGUGUUUACUAUUAUAAACCAUAGUUUCAUUGUGUUUACCUUUCUACCUGGUUAUACUUUUUAAUUGCUUAUUCAAGUUACUCUAAUUAACAGUGCUAAUUAAAUGAACUUCAUUCAUACAUUACUUACGUACCUGAAAACAAUAUGACAUUUGAGUUCGAUCGCGGGUCACGAAGCACCUGCCACAUCACUACAAAAUCUGUUGACAGACAAAGAGGCAGACAACAGGGAUCAUCCAAUUGGUGAAUCCGCUGCAAAGCCACGCCCAGCGCCGGCGGCGACCAAUCGCACGCGAUCGCAUAGAUCUUGAGCGUUAUCUUGUUAUCUCCUCUCUCACUUGCCUCGUAUAAGCUAUUUUCAGACUGGAAAAAUGCAACGCAAAAAUAGACUGAAAGUAAAACGUCAUAGACAACACCGUUCUACGUAUAAAUCUUUGAGUACAUUUAUGUACAAUUAAGUUUAUUUUUGAUUGACAUUUAUUUGUUUCUUAUUUAAUAUUAUAAACAAUAUACAUACUUACAUACGCAACAAUUUUUUAUGUUUACUUACUGUAGGUACUUACGGGCUAAAGACAUGAAUUUGCUAAUAUAAUAGCAUGCUACGGCCGAUUUAAUAUAAAACGAUAAGAUCGAUUAGAUAUUGUAGAGACGUAUUUAAUUCACUUUUCCUAAUCUACAUAAUGUUUCGAUUUACCGGCCAGUUUAACUUGACAGGUUAAAAUCAAGGCUAAUAUUAUAAUAGCAUGUAUAGGGUUAGUCUUCGUCGAGACAUUUAUUAAUACAGUAGUUUUAUUCUAGUGCCUUUGACAAUCUGAGGGUCUUUGUUUAAAGACUAGCUGUAAAGUACUGUGUAAUAGUGUUGUUAUAACAGCCAGUUUCGAUUCAACUUGAAAGUUGAUCCGAACUUUGCUCAUUGUUUUUGCAAUCGACAACUCGACAAGUUUACUGUUCAAGAAUCGAUGACAUUGGAAUAAGUCAAUAAAGUAUUACCUAACAAUAACAAAUAAAAUGAUUGACGGUUUCACUUGGACGUAACCCUGAAUAAUAACCCUGAGUUCUGAGAAAUUGUAAAAAAGUGGACACGGAAAUGCUUCAGCAUAAAUCAAAACACAAAUCUUAUAUGGAGUUAUUGUGAGACUAGGUAUAUUUGUGUGCGUGUAAGAUAGUCGAGUUAUUUCAUGUUUAAACGGCGUGUAAGUGUUAAAACGAAAAAGUAAUUAUUUUGGACAUUUUUCAACCGUCAAAAUACUGUUGGAUUAGACACUUUUCGUUAAAUAUUAUCUAUUGAAAAGCCAGAACAUUUUCAGCCGGCAACCUUACAUUAGACCUCGAAACGCUUGCGUGAAAGAGAGGGGUGUAACACAAAGACACAGAGGGGUAAGGGCGCGGGGCGGCCCGGGAGAGGGUAUGUGAUUCGGGAUUCUAGGGAUGAGCUGGGUCUCGCUUCCUCUCGCGUUACUCUUGUACCACUCGCCGUACCGGCCGCACAUGUCGGCCUGUCACCGCGUCCAGUAUCCGAACACGCGCACAUCCCUAGCUAAACGAUUUUAAAUUUGGAAAUAUUGUAACGUGUUUAGAAAGUGCGGUGGUAGAUAUAGAGGACCUGUGGACUUGAUUAAAAAUAAUAAUUAGUUGUUUUAGUUUUAAUUAAAUAAUUAUCUAAUAAAAUAUUAACCCAAUUUUCAUAUCAAAUUUUAACGCAUGUGUAUUGGACAUUAAAUGAACUUGAUUUUAAUAAUAAAGUCGCUACUGAAGCAUUUCUGAAAAAGUGAAAGGGUUUAUUUGGACUAUGAUAAAAGCUGAGCAACACGAAUGUUAACAGUGGCUGUGUAACAUGAAGAUGUCUGCAGGCGACAGCCAGGAGUCGGGCAGCCCACCGCCGAGUCCGACUGACUCUGCGACAUCCGAAUCUCCGCCCACCUUAGUUUAUAUCAAACAAGAAACUAUGCCUCCCGGCGUAGAUGUUAAAGACUAUUAUAGCACGCUCGACUGUCGCUUAUCAGACACCUAUCUAUCACCAAACUUCGCAGAAUUUGGACGUGGAUAUCUACCGGGUAAUUUGGAACUGCCGAGAUACGACUCCAAAUAUCCGAGAGAAAAAGAGAAAAGUGCGAAGAAUUAUGACAAUGUCGAUAGUGAGUUGAAUUUACCGAUAGAACUGGUGAUAAAGAAUGGAGGAGUAUUCGCUAGAGUUAAUAUCCCAAGCGGGACGAAGUACGGAACUUUUAUUGGCAAGUGGACGACGGAAUCAGAACCUCUGGAUACAAGAUAUGCAUGGGAGGUCCUCGGCAAGAACGGCAUCCGCGGCUGGCUGGACGGCAGCACGGAGAAGUCCAACUGGCUGAAGCUGGUGCGCUCCACCAACUACCCGCAGGACGUCAACGUCCAGCAUUUACUGCUGGCUGGCCAAGUUUGGUACAAGGUGACGCGAGACAUCGUCUCCGGGCAAGAGCUCCUCCUCGGUCCCCGGACUCCUCUGCCGCUGCAAGAUGUGCAAGCAGCUGCCGGUCGACAAACGUCCAGCGUAAAUUCGCCAGGCGUGUCUUUGCCACUAAACGAAGACGAAGAGCGAGAGGACACCGAACCGCGUUGUUCCUUCUGUGACGCACCGUUCCCUAACAUUGACGCUCUCGACCGUCACCUGAUCCAGUCGCACGCGCAGCCGGCGGCGGCGUUCCACUGCGAGCUGUGUAACCGCGCGUACAGCUCCCGCCCGCUGCUGCUGCGGCACCGCGCACUCGCGCACACCGACAUCAGGAAAUACCCCUGCGAGAACUGCCCUAAGGUAUUUACCGAUCCUUCCAACCUCCAGCGCCACAUCCGCGCGCAGCACGUCGGCGCGCGCAGCCACGCGUGCCCGGAGUGCGGCAAGACCUUCGCCACCUCCUCCGGCCUCAAGCAGCACACGCACAUACACUCCAGUGUCAAGCCCUUCCAGUGCAAGGUUUGCUUUAAGUCAUACACACAGUUUUCCAACUUGUGCAGACACAAACGAAUGCACGUCGCCUGCAGGGCCCUAGUCGAGUGCGGGAAAUGUGGCAACUCCUUCAACUCUUACGCUUCUCUUACUAAACACAAGAGAUUCUGUGACACUGCCAGCGCCGCCAACGUUGGAAUGAGAGGACAAAUGCCGCAAGGACUGCCCCAAAUGCCAUCCCUCCCCAAUAUCGGAAUGAAUACGCCUGGCAAUCCUAAUCCAUUCCCUAUGUACAGGGGACCGCCUUUACCGCUUCCAUAUAAUACUUUUGCCCAGUAUCCUGGGCUAUUUUCGGCGGCCGCUGCCGCUGCAUGCCCUCCAGAGUUCUUAAGCCCACUGCUCUUCAAUGUUCAAGGCGCAAGACUUGCUAUGGAACAUGACUUUGCUCUAACAAACGCUAGUUUAUUGUCUAAGCAUCAGGAAGGUCGAAGCAUGUCUGUUAAAAGCGUGGAUAGCUCAAAUUCACUUGAUGAUAUAAUAAAGAAGAAUAAGGAUUUGGAUUAUGAAUCCAUUAAGCGCGAAAGCGAUGCAGGUGAUCGAACCUCACCAAAUAAAGCGCAUGGAUUAACUGUAAAACAAUCGCCACCUUCAGUCGAAGAAGUGCCAACUCAGCAACGACCAUCAUCUGUAUUGAGCAUGUCAACGCCUAUGAAUCCAUUCAAUUUUGCAAGAGAUGACGUGAAACAUAGGAAAUCACCAUUCAAUUUUUCACUGAAGCUCAAUAAUAACACCAUUCAAGGAAACAAGUCUCGCUCUCCUUAUCCAACAGACUUGUCUAAAAAUGAUGCAAAUGAUGAUGAUGAAAAGAAUUCAGAAUACUCUGAUUCGGCAGUAGAAGUGAAGAAGGACGACGGCGACCAGCCUCUGGAUUUAUCAGUUACCCGGAAGCAAAGCGACAAAGACUCCGAAGCCGAUAUGGAUGAUCGUUCCUUUCGUAACUCAUCUGUCAAAUCAUAUUCUCCUCCCGAAAGUCCAAUGGAGCGCGAUAGCAAAACUCCCGAAAACGACACUGCAGAUAUCGAUGUGGAGGGAGUAGAGCCCAAACGCGAAGAUACGCCUCCGCAGCUGGUAUCGCCGCCACUAGCAUUUCCGAUGCCCGUGCACCCUCAGCACAACAAUAGCCUCAUCGACGCCAUGUAUCGCCCCAGAUUUCCGUCCUUCCAUUCAGCAUCCGACUCUAUUUUGAACUCGUCACCCUACGUUCCGACCCCGUUUAAUUUUUUAUCCCCACUCCUUGGUACGGACGGCCCCGAUAGGCAACCAAGCGCGUAUGCAAAAUUUCGCGAACUCAGCGCUGGGUCAGGGAAGCUUCGCGAUCGCUACGCUUGCAAGUUUUGCGGGAAGGUAUUUCCACGCAGCGCGAAUCUGACGCGCCACCUUCGUACCCACACUGGGGAGCAGCCAUACAAAUGUAAGUACUGCGAACGUUCUUUCUCGAUUUCAUCUAACCUACAGCGACAUGUGAGGAACAUACACAACAAAGAGAGACCGUUCAGAUGUCCACUGUGCGAUAGGUGUUUCGGACAGCAAACGAAUUUGGACCGGCACCUGAAGAAACAUGAAGCCGAGGGUGGAGACUCCCCGAGCUCUGCAGAUACGGAGCGCGAGGAUGCGUACUUCGAUGACAUCCGAUCGUUCAUGGGCAAGGUGACAUGCUCGCCGGGAGCACGCUCGCCGCCUGCUUCCUCCCCUCACGCGCCGCACGCACCACACCGCCCUUCCGUGCUUGCCAUUUCCACAUAGCCACCGGCAUACCCGCUACCGCCUCCGCCGCCGCUGUGGCCGCAGCCGUUCGAAUAGCCUCGAGAACUUUUUUAAUGGCGCCUGUUCGAGUCGAGCUCACAGGCGAGGCUCGAGACGAGCGGGUGUUCGAGUACGUAGCUAUUGACGUCUCUCUACACACUACUGAAAACGACAAAAACUGUAUUAUCAAUUCAUUUUUAAGGCAAUUUUCGUAACUGAUGCCUGGACUUUAGCCACAUGUAACUUUUUAUAAGCUACCUAUAAUUCUGAAGUCGUUUCAAAGAAUAGUUCGUUUGUAUUCGUAAAAGAAGAAUUUUUAUCUGUUUUGUUAUUCAAAGCUACACUGUGCAUGACAAGAUGUUAAAUUAAAUUACUUCAUUCGCGUCAACUUACUAGAAGAGUUAUAUAGUUCAAGUAGUUAGUAAAAUACUUAUUAUCAUGACAACAUACUUACUAUAUGUAUAGUCAGUGACAGCGUUCGAGUUCUUCUCUUUAUGCUAGAGUUAAAUAAUUUUACGCGCUAAAAUAAUUGUUCCUAGUUUAAUAUUGUGAUUUAAGAUUGAAUUAAAUAGUGUAGGUAUUUUAUGAACUGUAUAUAUUUUUCCACAACCGAUUUAUAGAUUAAGUAUAUGCAUAUUAAUAUGAACGUAGUUUGUUGAUAAUGUGUAAAGUAUAAGGUAAUGUGUAAAAAAUAUAUAUAACUUUAUUUGAUGUAUUUGUUUGCACGUCGCUCAUAAGUAAAAAUUUAAUUACUUGUUUAGUGAUAUCAUUUUGUAAUUACUAAAGAGGAUAAAAUUAUUCGGUCAGAGUCACAUCGUAUUUCUCGUUUAGUCAAGAAUCUACCAAAGCAUUUGUAAUUAUAGACAAAAUUGUUUAGUAAUCGGUUUAUAGAAAGGGAUAUAUAUAACUUAAUAUAAAAAUUGGCACUAUAAAAUGAUGCAUAGAUUAUUGUUAUAUUAUUAAGUAGAUACGUGAAUUGCAGAUCCCUUAAAAUAUUUUGUUAAAUUGUUAUUUACACCGUUAUUGUAUAUAAAAUUGAAGGUUGAAGGCAGAUCACACGGUAGACCGAGAACAGUCCAGAUAUUACGCGCUUGUAAUUAUUUCCCUGCAAAAUGUAGACUUGUAGAACUUGUAAAAUAAACUUGUUAGCUUUUAAAUCAGACACUACUAUUUAAUUAAGAGUCAUUCAUGUUAUUCACAAAUGAACUUCACUCGCAGUGUAUUUAUUUUGUACGUGUUAUCAUAAUGAUACUAUUUUUGAAUCUGAUGAUGAUUUAUUUUCUCCACAAUAUAAGUUCUUCUUGAACCGUGGGUCCGUAUCUAGCAAUAUGUACGACUAUGAAUUGUAUUCUAGUGUCAGUUCAGAGGCUGGUUCAAGUAAAUAUACUGUGAGGUACUAUCACAUCUACUGUUUUUGUAGAUAGAUAUAAAAUGUAAAAUUGUUUAGGUACACAGUAAAUUAGAGUUUUAGAUGCUUAGCGCAUCUUAAAAUGCAAUUAUCACUUGCAUUUCCAAAAGCAAUGAAAUACUUAUAAAGUAGAUAGUUGUUUGUAUUCAAUAGUACUUUUUUGUACUAUAAUCAAUCAUAUCACUUCGAUGCACUAGUUAUAUUUUAAGGUUUUAGCGUCACAAACAAUACCUAAUUAAUAUCUAUCUUCUAAGACACUUGUACCUAAAUUAUUUAAUUUCAAGUUCGUUUACACGCAGAACGUGAUUAUUGUAUCUCAUUGAAAAAUAAAACAGUACAACGUA